CAUUGGAUGCAAGCCAAUACCUUUUUCUAUUGAGCUAAAUCUCAUUGACAAUUCCCAUCAUAUCUUAAAUUUUUUUGAAAUGAAAUAUGUUGGCCCAAAACUAAAAGUAAAAAGGAGAAGUGUGCAUAAGAUGAAAUAGGUAAUUUACAAUUUUGCAUACGUUAAGAAAUUGUAGAAUAAGUCAAUAAAAUGGUCAACCCAAGAAUAAAAUAUGAAAAGCGAAAAAAAUAAUAAAAUAAGGAACAAAAUUUAUAUUGGCCCAUUGAAAAUUCACGUAGCAAAAAUCAAAGAUGUGAACAGAAGCAGUGCCGUGCCUGAAAUCCCAAAAACCCAUCUGAUCCCAAAGCCUCUCUUCAUCCGCUCAACCAUUCAAAACCUUCGCUUUCAUUCUCUGACUUCCACUUUGAAUUCCCACAAUCCCUGUUUUUUCUUUUUUCUUUGUUUAUAUUUGUUUUCCUUUGAACUUCGCCCAUUGCCGCCGUCCUCACCUCUCUGGCCUCUGUUGAAGACGAAACUCGCAAACCCAAUUCACGGUUUUGAAUCUGGACACCUUUUUCCGCGUCCACAGAAUCACUGUCACCCCAAGAGGAAUAAAGUGCAACGGUUAUGGAGGGAGGGUACCGUGGGACUAAUGACUCUGAACUCAGACGAAGUGUAUCAAAUGAUCGAACAAGCAGUGCCACGACUUCAUUAAGGAGGCGUUCUUUUAGUUUAUCAGGUGCUCAGCCUUCCCAAAUAGAUGAUGACAUUGAAAGUGAGCGUGUUUCAGAGGCAGGAGAUAUAGGGGAUCGGGCUCUUCACAGCAACAGGCACAGUGAGAGUGGCAGCAUCCGCUUGUUGCCUUCAGAGGAUAUUCAACUGCAAUCCUAUGGGUUCUGGGGUCGUGAUCCGGUUACAUCCUCUGCAAUAUCCCCUGUCUCACCCUUGCCAGAGGAAAUCAUAUCUCCUCUUUCCAUUGAUGCAGUCGUAUGCCAUGAGGACAAAAAGCAAGAAACCACAACAAAGUUGCCAAAAUUGUUGGAGUAUGGUUCAUGUAUGACUCAUUUAGCCGUUUUUGGCAUUCUUGGGGUGUUAACGAGAUAUCUGCUGCAAAAGUUGUUUGGCCCCGGAGUUGUUGGUGUAACAAGCAACCAAACCAUUCUCUACCUCGACCUUCCUUCUAAUAUGGUUGGUUCUUUCUUGAUGGGGUGGUUUGGUGUUGUUUUCAAAGGAGAUAUUUCAUAUAUGUCAGAUCAUUUGGCCAUUGGAUUAUCAACCGGUUACUUGGGAAGCCUUACAACUUUCAGUGGGUGGAACCAGAAAAUGCUUGAACUCAGUGUUGAAGGCCAUUGGGUUUUUGUUCUGCUGGGUUUCUUAAUAGGUCUGUUUCUUGCGGCCUACUCCAUCAUUGUUGGGGUAGAGACAGCUAAGGGUUUUAGGAAGCUUCUUGAAAGGAGUUCAGGAUGUGGUAUAACUAGCUCUGGCACAAGCUGGAGGGUUGACAGCCACAAGCGUCACUUGGUAGUUUUAGCUGUGUUUUCACUGAUGCUAAUUUCUCUAUGGAGUGUAAGUGGAGUAUUGCUAAGGGAGGAGUUUAGCAGUGACAGCAGUGAGGCGCAACUAUGGUUGGCUUGCAUAGUUGGACCUCUAGGUGUGUGGAUCAGGUGGUUCUUAGCCAGGCUCAAUGGACGUGGAUUAGGCAGGAUGGGGUUGUUGAAAUGGUUUCCAUUUGGUACUCUAAUUGCCAAUGUUUCUGCAGCUUGUGUCAUGGCAGCUCUGUCUACUGUGAAGAAAGAGCCUCUUAGCAGAAUCCCUGAAGUUCACUGUCUUCUGCGACAAAAUUUUGUGUUACCUUCGCCAAGUACACAACUGAGGUUCACUUCUGGGAUUUGCCCCGAAGUUCACCAUAGAGCCAGAUCGUGUGGAUUUAUUUUACAGUGUUUGGCAGAAAUGUCCAAGUCCCCUCCAAACCAUGUGGAUUUUGUCGUUGCUCAUUUAUCUACUUUUUUUUCCGUGGAUACUAAGACGUGUGAUAUUGUUGCAACAGGCAUACAAUUUGGAUUGCUGGGCUGCCUGAGUACCGUUUCUACCUUCAUUGCUGAGUUCAAUGCAAUGAGAGAAAGCAAAUACCCCUGGAGAGCAUACACAUAUGCCAUGGUUACGAUAUGUACCUCGUUUGGUUUGGGGACCCUGAUAUAUUCUGUACCUGUUUGGACAAAGGGAUACAAGUAGCAUGCUUUGGACAGCCUUUUGAUGCUUCUUCUGCAAUGCAACGCCUCCUCAUGUUGGCUUCGCACAAUGUUCAAUCAAAUCUGAGCAUUGAGCGCCUUGCGGAAGGCCUUUUGAUGCUGCUUGUUUUGAUGGGCUGCCUGAGUACCGUUUCCACUUUCAUUGCCGAGUUCAAUGUAGUUUAGACUAGAUCAAAGUAGAAUAUCGCUUGUAUAAAAAAUUUUAAAAACCACAAAAUUAGAGCCCAUUUGGUAUCCUACUUUAAUCCAAUUUUAUAAACUCAAAAAUAGAUUUAGCCCAAAAA